AUGUUGGAAUGCGUGCGUCGCGCGAGCCCACUGGUACGCGCGUCGACGAAAACUGGACGAAAUUACUUGAUAACGACAAGAUUCGUGUUUUUGCUUGUGCCUUUUAUUAUACUUCUGUCCGUAAGAACGAGUGUCUCAGGAGGGGUGUCCCUGGGCGCGCACCUAGUGUGCGCACGCGUCGCCGGUCUGACGGACAAACAACGCGCGAUGUGUCGCGCCUCACCCGCCGCUAUAGCCGCUGUAGGCGAUGGCCUUAGGAUGGCCUACGCAGAGUGCAGGUCGCAGCUUGGUGGCUACAGGUGGAACUGCUCAGGAGUUGGAGAUGGGAAUGACUUUGGACACGUGAUGCCUUUAGGUACGUAUAUCCUA